AUGACGCGAGUAACUUCAUAUGGAACCCCACACUAUUUUUUACCUCAUCACGGCGUGUAUCGUGAGCACAGCAGCACAACAAAACUUCGCGUGGUGUUCGAUGCAAGUGCCGCCACAAGUAGUGGAGUGUCUUUAAAUGACAUUCAACAAGUCGGACCUCCCUUGCAGCGUGAUUUAGUUGACAUCCUGCUUCGUUUCAGACAACAUAGAUACACUGCUUGUGCAGACGUCGAAAAGAUGUACAGGCAGUGUCUCUUAAACGAAUUACAACGCGAUCUCCAGUUGAUUGUGUGGCGUGACAACCCAUCUGAACCGUUAGGUAUUUACCGACUGAAUACGGUAACGUAUGGGACAGCCUCCGCACCGUUUCUUAGUGUUAGGUGUCUAAAGCAGCUGGCACUCGAAUGUAAGGACUCAGCCGUCCAACAAAUAAUUUUAAAUGAUUUUUAUGUAGAUGAUAUGAUUACAGGUUCAGAUGACAAGCAGGAGUUGCUUGUACUCUGUAAGAAGGUCACAGAUGUCUUAAGUUCUGGAGGAUUUCACUUAAGAAAAUGGAUAUUUAAUUUUAAAUGUGAUGAAUUGUUGGUUCAUCAAAUUCCAAAUAAUAACGCAUCACAGGAAUUAACAUUAGGAGAAAAUGUUCAGUGCAAGACAUUAGGUCUUGGAUGGUACUAUGCAUCAGACGAGUUUUAUUUUAAUACUCAAGUUAAAGUUGAUACGUACAAGAUUAGUAAACGAACCAUUUUAUCGCACGUUUCUCAAAUAUUUGAUCCAUUGGGAUUAUUAAGUCCGACCAUUAUAAUAGCCAAAGUUUUAUUGCAAAAACUAUGGUUAUUACAACUAGGAUGGGAUGAUGAGGUACCGCGAGACGUGUUGCGCGCAUGGACCGUAUUUGUAAAGGGCUUAUCAAUGCUUAAUACCAUCCGCAUACCCCGUCAUGUUAUAGCUAACGAAGCGAUAUGUACAGAGCUACACAUCUUUACCGAUGCAUCGCAGACUGCGUACGGCGCUUGCAUCUACGUUCGAACAGUAACUAAUAACGGACUUGUAUCGGUAAAAUUGUUAUGUUCAAAGGGUAAGGUUGCACCUUUAAAACCUGUCAGUAUCCCGCGACUAGAAUUAUGUGGAGCUUUACUUGGGGCUCGACUUUAUGAUAAAGAUUUGUCGCCUCUUAGUCCAGGCCAUUUUCUGGUGGGACGUCCACUUACUGCGCCUGCUAGUGAUGACUUCACUGAGACGCCUGUUCAUCGACUGACACGUUAUCAACGAGUUGAGCAGAUUCGACAGCAAUUUUGGUCCCGUUGGGCGAAGGAAUACGUGUCAGAACUUCAAAUAAGGACUAAAGGAAGGAAGAACACACUUGAACUGCAGCCUGAUAUGCUAGUAGUUAUUAAGGACGACAACCUACCGCCGCUAAAAUGGCAUCUCGGUCGAAUAGUGAAGAUCUUCCCUGGCAAAGACGGCAUCACUAGAGUAGCCGAUAUUCGCACAUCGUCAGGUGUCGUGAGACGCGCUUACAGCAAGAUAUGUCCCUUACUUGAUGACUAAUUCUAGUUUUGAAGUUUUAAAAUUGAAAGCUGAAGCUUUCAAGG